GGGCCGGACCAGGCCGAGCCGGUCCUACUCGCCCACCACUGCCGGUGGCAUCGCCCACUCGCCCGGGACCAACGGGCGCAAGGUGCCUCAAGCAGUGCCCCGCACCCAUGAGCCUCGUUUCUGAUGCAGCCCAUGGUCAUGCCCGGAUGCCCCCACACCCUUCCACGAUGUCAUGAGUGGCGGGCACCUGGCCAAGCCCAGCGCAGCAGUAGCCUGAGCAACCCCCGCCCGCAGCCUCAGGGGACGGUGGUGGCGGCAGGGACUGAGGAUGGUGCCGGCCCGCCCUCGCCCUGUCUAAGCCAGCAGCUUCCCAGCGGGCCUGGGCGGCCCCCGGCCCCCCUCGACAUGAACCUGUGUUGGAGCGAGAUCAAGAAGAAAUCCCACAGCCUUCGGGCUCGCCUGGAGGCCUUCUCCGACCAGAGCGGGAAGCUGCAGGCCCCCCUGCAGGAGAUCGUCGACUGGCUCGGCCACAAGGAUGAGGAGCUGUCGGCCCAGCUGCCGCUCCGGGGGGACGUGGCGUUGGUGCAGCAGGAGAAGGAGACACACGCGGCCUUCAUGGAAGAGGUCAAGGCCCGGGGCCCUUACAUCUACUCCGUCCUGGAGUCGGCUCAGACCUUCCUGGCCCAGCACCCCUUCGAGGAGCUGGAGGAGCCCCAGCCGGAGGGCAGAGAUAUCUCCCCUCGGCUCCGCGGCCAGAACAGCAGCCGCUUGGUGUGGAAGCAGGCCACGGUGGCCGGUGAGCUGUGGGAGAAGCUGACGGCCCGCUGCCUGGACCAGCACCGCCACAUCGAGCGCACCCUGGAGCAGCUGCUGGACGUCCGGCGGGCCAUGGAGGAGCUGGACGCCUCGCUCGGCCAGGCGGAGGGCGUCCGCGCCAGCUGGGAGCCCAUCGGGGACCUCUUCAUCGACUCCCUGCCCGACCACAUCCAGACCACCAAGCUGUUCAAAGAGGAACUGUCCCCCAUGAAAGAUGGGGUGAAGCUGGUGAACGACCGGGCCCACCAACUGGCCAUCUCGGACGUGCACCUGUCCAUGGAGAACUCGCGGGCCCUGGAGCAGAUCAACAGCCGCUGGAAACAGCUGCAGACGUCUGUCAGCGAGCGACUCAAGCAGCUGCAAGACGCCCACCGGGACUUCGGGCCGGGGUCUCAGCACUUCCUGGCCACUUCUGUCCAGGUCCCCUGGGAAAGAGCCAUUUCCCCCAAUAAAGUGCCCUACUACAUCAACCACCAGGCUCAGACUACCUGCUGGGACCACCCCAAGAUGACCGAGUUGUACCAAACCCUGGCCGAGCUGAACAACAUCAAGUUCUCCGCGUACCGGACGGCCAUGAAGCUGCGCCGAGUCCAGAAGGCCCUACGCCUGGACCUGGUCCCCCUGAACACAGCCCUGGAGAUCUUCAGCGAGCACGAGCUGCAGCCCGGGGAACACGUGAUGGACGUGGUGGAGGUCAUCCACUGCCUGACCGCCCUCUACGAGAGGCUGGAGGAGGAGAGGGGCAUUCUGGUCAAUGUGCCGCUCUGCGUGGACAUGACCCUCAACUGGCUGCUCAAUGUCUACGACAGCGGCCGCAGUGGGAAGGUGCGGGCCCUCUCAUUUAAGACGGGCAUCGCGUGUCUGUGCGGCACAGACGUGAAAGAGAAAUUCCAGUACCUCUUCAGCCAGGUGGCCCACGCUGGCGGCCUGUGUGACCAGAGGCACCUGGGCAUCCUGCUGCACGAGGCCAUCCAGGUUCCACGCCAACUUGGGGAGGUGGCGGCCUUCGGGGGCAGCAACGUGGAGCCCAGCAUCCGCAGCUGCUUCCGUUUUAGCGCAGGGAAGGCGGCGGUGGAGGCGGCCCAGUUCCUGGAGUGGGCCAAUCUGGAGCCGCAGUCCAUGGUGUGGCUGUCCGUGCUGCACCGCGUGGCCCUGGCUGAGCCGGUGAAGCACCAGACCAAAUGCUCGGUUUGCAGGCACUGUCCCAUCAAGGGCUUCAGAUACCGCAGCCUGAAGCAGUUCAACGUGGACAUCUGCCAGAUGUGUUUCCUGACGGGCCGCGCCAGCAAGGGCAAUAAGCUCCACUACCCCAUCAUGGAGUACUACACCCCGACCACGUCCAGCGAGAACAUGCGGGACUUCGCCACCACCCUGAAGAACAAGUUCCGGUCGAAGCAGUAUUUCAGCAGACACCCCCAGAGGGGCUACCUGCCCGUCCAGUCGGUGCUGGAGGCUGACUUCAGCGAGACGCCGGCCUCCUCCCCGGUGCUGCCCCAUGCCGACACCCAUUCCCGCAUCGAGCACUUUGCCAGCAGGCUCGCCGAGAUGGAAAGUCAGAACUGCUCCUUCUUCAAUGAUAGCCAGUCCCCGGACGACAGCAUAGACGAGGACCAGUACCUUUUGCGGCACUCCAGCCCCAUCACGGACCGCGAGCCGGCCGGCGGGCAGCAGCAGGCCCAGGGCAGCCCGGCCGGCCAGGAGGACAAGGGCACGCUGGAGAAGAUCCUGGCUCACCUGGAGGACGAGAACCGGAUCCUCCAAGGGGAGCUGCGACGGCUCAAGUGGCAGCACGAGGAGGCGGGCGAGGCCCCUCCCCUGGCGGCCGGGACCCCCGAGGCGGCCCAGGACCCCCACAACGAGGAGCUCCUGGCCGAGGCUCGGAUCUUGCGGCAGCACAAGAGCCGCCUGGAGACCCGCAUGCAGAUCCUGGAGGACCACAACAAGCAGCUGGAGUCUCAGCUGCAGCGCCUGCGGGAGCUGCUCCUGCAGCCCCCGGCAGACUUGGACGGGACCGGCUCGGCCGGCUCCUCGCUGGCCUCCUCCCCGCAGCCGUCGGAGGGAAGCCACGCCAGGGAGAGGGAGCGCAACACCCCGGACACCGAGGUGGCCGAUGAAAUAGUCGCCAAGAGCCAGAACGUCAGCCUGUGCCUGGAGGACAUCAUGGAGAAGCUGCGGAAUGCCUUCCCCAACGCUCCCAGCCCCGAGCCGACCCCUAACACUCUGCUGGCCUCUUGACCUGCCAGAGGUCACCGGCCCCGCUCCCUCUUCCGGCCCGGCAGGGCUCGGCCCCGUCUCUGCUCCGGCCCAGCCCUUUCCCUCAUCCCUGCUGCCGGGAUGCUGGGACCCCACUGCCUAGGGUCUGGGCCCUGGGGGGGUUGUGUCGAGGGCCAGCCCAGGGGUCAGCCCUCACUGCUGGCUGCUGCCUUCUGUAAGGGUCG